UUCUCUUUCUAUCACGUGUUGGACAUCGUCGAUUCGUAGUUGUGUUUCUUCUUCCUCAAAAGUGCGGGAAGGACGACGCUGAUUGUUGAAUGCUGAUCGAAAUCAUACUCCUUCUUCUUCUUCUUCUUCUUCCUGUCCUCUUCGGCCAUUUUUUGUUCUUCUGAAAAAGGCAUCACUGCAAGGCACUGUGUUGUGGUGUAGUCUCAGGUAGAGCAGAGAGAAUACAGUUCCUUCCCCGCCAAAAGGGAUUUUAUCAUUCGAUGAACGAUUGCCGUAUUGCUUCUUAUAUUCUUUCCUAUUUUCAUUUCUUCUAUAUAAGAUUCUGACGGAGUCUUUGCGGACGACGACGUGUGGUGUUUAUUUGGCAUACCGUUCGAGCCGAUCGGUGGAGUGAGGAUUUGGUUACUUUGCAAAUUGCUAGGUUUUUUAUAUUUUGAAUGAAAAAUGCGGAUCAGAAAUCUGGUGGUGUUGAUGCUCUCUAUGACGGUUAUUGCUCCGAUUCUGCUUUACUCUAAUCGCCUCGCCACCAUCGAGUUCUCAUCUAAAGGCGAUUUUAUUGAAGAUUUUUCAACUUCGGGUUUCAAUAGCGAUGUCAGGCAUCUAAAUCCUGCCGAUGGGAAAUCUUCAUCAAGCGUCGAAGAGCCCGUCGCGAUUGUUUACUCCGACAACAAUUCGCUUCCUGAUUCCGCUGCUUCGGUUUGGCAGAGCAACGACGGCACCCAAGGAGUAGUAGAGCGUAAAUCUAAUAGAGUAUUGACCACGACUAAUGAGGAAGAUCAUUCUCAAAACGAGAAUCCAAUCAAGCAGGUUACGGAUCCAUUUGGGAUGGCAAAUACCAUUCCAGGGGAUCCCGAUAGUACCAGUGAACAGAACAGCAAAGUCGAUCCUAAUCCCAAACAUGAGCAGCCAGCCACCCAAACUUCUGAGAAAGCUGAUGGGGGAGAAAUAGGAAGAUCAAGAUUUGAACCAGAGAAUGUUCAAGCUGCUUUUCCUAAUGCGCGGGUGAGACAUCUCAAGGAUCAGCUCAUAAGGGCCAAAGUUUACCUCUCUCUUCCAGGCACUAGGAACAAUCCCCACCUUACAAGAGAACUUCGACUGAGGAUAAAGGAAGUUCAACGAACAUUAGGUGAUGCAAGCAAGGAUUCUGAGCUACCUAAAAAUGCCAACGAGAGAUUGAAGACAAUGGAGCAAACACUGGCAAAAGGGAAACAAACUCAGGAUGACUGUUCUAUUGUGGUAAAGAAACUGCGAGCGAUGCUUCACUCAACUGAAGAGCAGUUACGAGUGCACAAGAAGCAAACCCUGUUUUUGACGCAAUUAACAGCAAAAACACUUCCUAAAGGCCUUCAUUGCCUUCCCUUGCGCCUGACAACCGAAUACUUUUCUCUGAAUUUGUCCCAACAGCAUUUCCCAGGUCAAGAGAAACUAGAAGAUCCGGACCUGUAUCAUUAUGCGUUAUUCUCAGACAAUAUAUUGGCAGCAGCAGUAGUUGUUAACUCAACAAUCACUCAUGCAGAGGAGCCUUCAAAACACGUUUUCCACAUUAUUACAGAUAAACUCAAUUAUGCAGCAAUGAGGAUGUGGUUUCAAGCUAAUCCACCUGGAAAAGCUACCAUCCAGGUUCAGAAUACGGAAGAAUUUACAUGGUUAAACACCAGUUAUAGUCCAGUUCUUAAGCAGUUGAGUUCUUCGUAUAUGAUAGACUAUUAUUUCCGGGCUCAUCAGGCUAGCUCUGAUGCAAAUAUAAAGUUCCGGAAUCCAAAGUACUUGUCCAUCUUGAACCAUCUACGAUUUUACCUCCCACAGUUAUUCCCGAAGCUCAAAAAAGUUUUGUUCCUGGAUGAUGAUAUAGUAGUGCAGAAAGAUCUCACAAAACUUUGGUUCGUUGAUUUGAAAGGAAAUGUUAAUGGUGCUGUAGAGACUUGUGGAGAAAGCUUUCAUCGGUUUGAUAGAUAUCUCAAUUUCUCAAACCCUCUCAUCUCAAAAAAUUUUGAUCCUCAUGCCUGUGGUUGGGCAUAUGGCAUGAAUGUCUUUGAUUUGGAUGAAUGGAAGAGGCAGAAUAUUACAGAGGUGUACCACUCCUGGCAGACGCUGAAUAACGACAUGCAAUUGUGGAAGCUGGGGACAUUACCACCGGGUCUCAUCACAUUUUGGAAGCGCACUUAUAAUCUUGACAAAUCCUGGCAUGUUCUAGGCCUUGGUUACAAUCCUAAUGUAGGGCAGAAGGAUAUUGAACGAGCGGCCGUUAUACACUACAAUGGGAACAUGAAGCCUUGGCUCGAGAUAGCCAUACCCAAGUACCGAAAUUAUUGGGCAAAGCAUGUUGAUUUUGACAAUCUAUAUCUAAGAGAAUGCAACAUCAAUCCAUGAACAGUCCUUGUGGAUUCAAAGAUUCCUCGAUGAGUUUAACAUCCACAAUAGUUAAUUUUCCAGGUCUGGAUCUCUGCUUAUUUUUUUGGUUCUCUAAUUUAUUUUUCCCUUCUUGAUUUGUUUAUUGGUUAUGUAAAAUAGAACUUAACCGAUGCUAUCUAUUCUUAAUUCCCCCCACUUUAGAUGUAUAUCAUAUGUGGGUCUCUAUAUUCUGUUGGUUUACAAAAUGUACUUGACCAACUCCUUUUCCUCAAAUAUUGCCGGUUGCAAUUUGAGAUUUUGAAAAA